GUCAGUCGCAUUUGUGCGAUCGGUUGGAGCAGAAGUGAUUACUCGACAGUUUAACUGCAACACAAGCAGUUCAAAAUGAUUAAAUACCGCCUGUGGGCAUUGUUCGUGGUAGUUCUUCAGGUCCUUGGCCUAACCCGAAGUCAACCCUUUCCCAACUACCAUGCCAAUUUCGUGGACAUCGAAAGUGAGGAGACCGAUCUCAAGUGGUGGCAGACUGGCGCCUUCUACCAAAUCUAUCCAAGGUCAUUUAAAGACAGCAACGGCGAUGGCGUGGGCGACUUGAAUGGCAUUGCUGAGCAACUGCCCUACCUCAAGGAACUGGGAAUCACAGCCACUUGGCUGUCGCCCAUAUUCACCUCUUCCAUGGCCGAUUUUGGCUACGACAUUGCCAAUUUCACCGAGAUCGCUCCGAUAUUUGGAACCAUGACGGACUUUGAACACCUGAUGCAGGUGGCCAAGACGCUGGAGAUCAAGAUCAUCCUGGACUUUGUGCCCAACCACUCCAGUGACGAGUGCGAGUGGUUCCGACGCUCCGCGGCCAAAGAUCCUGAGUUCAAGGACUUUUACGUAUGGCAUCCUGGAGGAAUGGAUAACGGGAAGAGGGUUCCGCCCUCAAAUUGGAUCAGUGUUUUCCGGGGAAGUGCUUGGCAGUGGCACGAGGGUCGUCAGGAGUACUAUCUCCAUCAGUUCGUGAAGAAGCAGCCCGAUUUGAACUACCGCAACCCAAAAGUUCGAGAGGCCAUGAAUAACGUUUUGCGGUUUUGGCUAGCAAAAGGAGUAUCCGGUUUUCGCAUUGAUGCGGUGCCCCAUGUCUUUGAGAUUGCGCCAGAUGCACAGAAUCAGUACCGCGAUGAGCCGCGCAACGACUGGGACAACGACCCCGAGGACUACGGUUAUCUGCAGCACAUAUACACCAAGGACCAGCCGGAGACCAUUGACCUGGUCUACUCGUGGCGAGCGGUACUCGACGCUUUCCAGCGGGAACACGGCGGCGAGGAGCGCAUCUUGAUGGCCGAGACCUAUUCACCCAUCGAUAUUGUGAUGCAGUACUACGGGAAUGCGACGACGGAGGGCGCUCAGCUGCCGUUCAACUUUCUGCUGAUAAGCGAAUUGUCCAACUCGUCGAAUGCCCAUGCCUACGAGGGAACGAUUCUCAAGUGGCUGCAGCACAUGCCCAAAGGUCGUACAGCUAACUGGGUGUUGGGUAACCACGAUCAACCUCGAGUGGGUUCCCGUUUGGGCAGGGACAGAGUGGACAUGCUGAACAUGCUCACUGCCACUUUGCCGGGGGCGAGUGUCACCUACCAAGGAGAGGAGCUGGGCAUGACCAACGUGUGGAUCUCGUGGAAGGACACCGUGGAUCCCUCCGCCUGCAACACCAAUCCGAGCAUCUACGAGCAGUUCUCCCGCGAUCCGGAGCGCACUCCCUUCCAGUGGACCGAUGCCCAGGAUGCCGGGUUCAGCAAUGCCAGCAAAACCUGGUUGCCCAUUGCCCUUGAUUACAAGCAGGUCAACGUGGAGCUGGAAAGACAGAAGCCUCUGAGUCACCUGAAUGUUUUCAAACAGCUCUGGCAACUGAGGAGGGAAUCGAAGACUCUUCAACGCGGCGAAACUGAAGUCAAGGCGCUAAGUGACGCAGUUUUGGCAGUGAAAAGGUACCUCGAACAUGACUCAAACUACGUGACCCUGCUGAACAUCUACGAUGGAGUGGAGACCAUCAAUCUGCAGCAGAGCUUCCCCGACUUGCCUCCUCAGCUCACAGUUGUGCUGGUCACAGAGCGAUCUCAAGUGAAAGUGGGCGAUCUCUUGAACUCCACCUCGCUGCAACUGCAGCCCAAGGACUCGCUGGUCCUGAAGUCCACAUCUUCAUAUUAUAGUUAUGCCACCAAUGGAGAGACUCGAUAUCUGCCCAUUCUGGGGGUCUAUCUCUGGCUGGCUCAAGUGGCGCUCUAUCUGAGCAAUCGAUGAGUUCCCAUACUCUGUUCCAGCUGCUAGUUUAGUAAUUAAAUACUCGCAAUAAACGCAGUCAAAGCACUUGAACACUUA